CCUGCCUGGAGGAGCAGCAUUCGGCAGCGCAGGCCGAGCUGCAGGGGAAGCAGGAGGAACUAAAAACUCUACAGAACAUCAUUAAGAAGCUGGAGCAGGAAGCAGAAGAGCAGAAGGCCCGCUGGACCGGCGAGCAGCUUCAACUGAAAAAACAGAACCAGAAGAUGCACUCUGAAAAUGAGCGGCUGGAAACCAGAGUGACAGAGCUGCAGUCCCAGCUCUUAAGUCAAGAGAAAGAAAUGGAGGAGCUCAUCCGGGGAGACCAAGAAAAGACAGAGCAAUUGCAACAUCUGAAAAUUGGAAACGACCAGCUUUGUCUCAGUUUAACUGAACAGAGGGAGCAGCAGAGGAAGCUGGAGCAGAUGGUGGAGGAGAUAAAGCUGAGAGAAGCCGCUGCUGUGAAGACCCAGGCAGACCUGAUGGAUGAGAACUUGGACCUGUCCCGGCGCCUAGGGGAGAACAAGCUCCUGUGUGACCAUCUGCAGGGGGAGAGAGCGCGCGUGGAAAGAGACAAUGACCACUUGAGGAAGGAGAACAGCAGGUUGAUGAGCUACAUGGGUCUGGACUUUGACUCUCUACCACACCAAGUGCCUGCCGCCCACCUGGAAGGCGCCGACCAGGAGCCGGGCCUCCUCUACGGAAACCCAUACUCAGGUGUCCAAGAAAGUUCUGCCUCUGGCCUGCUCUGCGCUGAGAGACCCCUGACCUGCCCAAUUUGUGACAGGGUCUUCCCUACCACAGAGAAGCAGAUCUUCGAAGACCACAUGUACUGCCACUCCCUGUAGCGUCCCGCUGUCCGGUGCCGCUGCAGCCACUCCACCCCUCUGUCCUCAGAAGUCCCAUGGUGGCAGUGCCCCUUUUUCCUCAGGACUCCAGGUGCUGACUGUCCCUCUCUCCCAAGUCAUCCUCUGCCAGCCAAGGUUGGGCCCGGGCGCAAGCGCUCCACCAGCACCUGAGAUUCCCUCCUUCUCCUCCUCCUGCUCCAGUGGAGCCAGGGAGUGGUGGGUGCCCAGCUGUAACCAGGGGCGCCCCCUUCACCUCCUCUCUCCUUCCCAGCCGAUAGGAGAUGCCUCGGCAGAGCGUCCUCUCUGCUCAGCUCUGCUCGCCGGGCUUCUGUGCACGGCCUGCCAGGGGUGUGCCUCUUGGCGCUUCCUUAGGAGCUGCUGGGAGUGUCGGGGUUUGCAUCCUUCGGAGCUGUUCAGCUGGAGCGGGGAUGCAGGAUGCUGGAACAACUGUUGUCAAUCUAACACUAAAAAUAAAUGCUCUUUCAGGGACUUA